AUGUCUGAAAUUAAGGUGGAUACCAAAGAAUUAAGAAAGAAUUACCCCUUUCUAAAUAAAAUAUGGAAAUUAUAUGAGGAAUUUAAUAAAACAGUAGAUAAUUCGGACAAUUAUAAAUAUUAUUAUGAUGAAACGUGUAAAGGAAUUAUGAAACUAGUAGAAAAUGAUGAAGAACGGUACAAAGAUAUAUGUAUAAAACUUCUCAGAAAUUUAGGAAUAUUUUCUUCUGAAACGAAUACUGCUAAAUAUAAUUCUGAACGUUGUAGAAACUUAAAUAGCUGGUUAUACUACAUAAUAAAGGAUUAUGAUGUUCAACAAGAUGCUUUUACGAAAAUAUUCGAUGUAUCUAAUGGAAUAUUGGAAAAACGUGUUAACCAUCCCUACUGCAGUUACUAUUUAUAUAAGGAUAAAUAUCACGACCCUAAUAAAAUAAUAAAGUUAAUAAAUUUGCAAGAAUAUGUGUAUGACAUUUUAAGUAUCUUAAAUAAUAAAGAUGAUGAAAAUCAAUGUUCAUGUCUAAAAUUUAUUUAUGAAUGUGCUAAUAUAUACAAGGAGAUGAAUAAAAUAUAUUGCAAUG